CAGCUCAGAGUCAGAAUCAUGCUGACUGUCUGGGACCAAAACAGAGCUUGAGACGCAAGAUGCAGGCGGAGACGAAGCUUUCUGCAAGACCUGGGAAGCUUUACCGCUUUUUAUUGCCUCUAUGUCUUAUUUUCUUAAAUCCGGAUGAAGUUGUGGCGGUGAACAUGACCAUUUCCAACAGUCUCAUCAGAGGAUCGGUCGGAGGCGAGGCCCUGCUGUCGGUGCGCUACAGCAGCUUCAGCCUCGACCCUCCGGUCAUCAAGUGGGAGCUGCAGGGGGAGAAGUCGGCCACUGUCGUCCAGUCGAUUGGAACGGACAUCGUUGGGACCCUGAGGUCCGAGUACCAAGAUCGCAUCCUCGUCUUUGAGAACGGGACUCUGCUCCUCCACAACCUCAGACUCUCCGAUGAGGGGAUAUAUGAUGUGGAGAUUUCCAUCACUGAUGACACGUUUGCAGGAGAAGGCAGCAUCACCCUCAGUGUGGACGAGCCAAUAUCCAGGCCGUAUAUCCACAUGGAAGCCUAUUCGGUGCUGGAGCUCAGUGAAAACGUCAUCCUCAACUGUUCCCAUGACAACGGAACCAGGGCCACGUACCGGUGGUUCAAGGGUGGAAAGCCCCUGACCAACGAGACGCGGUUCCUGCUGUCACCCGAUCAGAAGCUGCUGACAAUCACGCGAGUGUUGCAGGCAGACGACGAUAUCUACGGCUGCAUGGUGGAGAAUCUCGUGAGCAACAUGACGAGCCUGCCCACUCGACUUGUUGUGUAUCGAAGAAGUUCCCUCUACAUCAUGCUUUCCACCGGAGGAAUCUUCCUCCUCAUCACCUUGGUGACGGUCUGCGCCUGCUGGACCCCUUCGAAGAAACGAAAGAAGCAUCCCACAAAGUCUCACUCCAGGACCGUUGAUCGCUCUCAUCACAAACCUGAUGAUCCCCCAAAAACGAUGGAGCACAACGGUAUAAACACAGUAACUUCACUUUACAUCCUACAACAAAAGGAGCCCUCCAUAGACGACUCCUCCAGUAACUGCACUGGAUCUCCUGAACUCGACAGCCCGCCAAGCUACACCGCUUCCCCCCAGUACACCGUCACCCCUCCGUCCACAUCCCCCGUCAUUCCCUCAAAUCCCUAUGUGAUGGCCAAAUAAUUCAAAGAAAACAGGAAGUGGGAGGUUACAACCACCUAUUUACUGACUCUGACCUCCACCUGAAGAUGACCGGUUUCAUCACACUGCCUGUCAAAGGAUGCUCAAAGCCCUUGUAGAAGAUCAGAUUUGAUGUGGUCUUGUAUGUAUCGUCUACCGCUCUUUAACUUCAGAAAGUACUUUUGCAGGUAUUUGAUUGUAUUUCAGAGUUGGUUAUUUCUAAGGAAACUGUUAUUCAAGACGUCCCGAGCACCUGUCCAGCUCUCAGAGACUUUAACUAACUUUGAGUCCAAUGAAACACCCUCUUGAAUUUUAAUUUCAGCAGAUCUGAUGUUGGGGAGGGGGUCAUUCCUGAUCAUGCAGCCGGAGGUGAUCAAUCAGAACAUGGUGGUCUUUGACGUGGAGAUCACUUCCGGUAAACAAAGUCAUGUGGACUAAAUAUUUUGAAGCUUUAAUUUGGGUUUUCCAAACAUCACCGCGGUAGUUGGAUCCAAGAAGUCCAGAUUUUGGGUGAUGGUGUGCACACGGUCUGUGAAGAUGAAUGUGGUCAUUAGAUGCAACUGUUAGUGAAGAAAAUUUAUAGAAAUGUUACUUUAUUACUGGUUUGUUGUGACGUUUUCUGUAUUAUGUGAAAAUCAACAAUUAUUUUGUGAAAUAAUGUGAAUGUGUGUUUUAGUUGAUGAUUUAAUAAUGGGUCGAGGUGAUAUUUGAAUUUUUGUACUUACUUUAAACGGGGAACGAUAAAUAACAAAAGGCAUAUUUUCUGUGC